UUUCAAUCCCAAUCUAUUAAUAGAAUAUACUCACUCACUCACUCUUAUAGUAGUAAAGAAGAAAGAAAAAGAUGUUGUUCUUGAAUCGAUCUUAAAUCUAAUCACUGCCAUCUAGAACCACUACUUGUUUUGACUAUUAGACCUGGUCCAUAUCAUCACUUUUGGGAUAGGAACCAGUACCCUUGUUCCCUUCAGGUCCCUUUAUCGACUUACCCUUAUCUCAUCAAAUCGGUUGAUCGUUGAUUGAUCACUUCAAAUCGACUUUGGCCCUUCAACCUUCUAAAUCCAAAUUCCAUCUUUUGAAACAUCUGAACUUCUUUCAAGAUGUCCGUAAAUACUGAGGGUGCUCACUCCACCUCAACUCAAACCUUUCUCUCUGCCUUAAUUCUGAACUCGGCGAUCUGUGGAAUAGAGAUCGCCGUGUUUAUGAUUUUAAGACCAAAGUUUAAAAAAGUUUAUCAACCAAGAUCUUAUCUUCCAGUACGCGAUCGAAGAACUGAAGCUUUACCAUCUUCCUUCUUGGGUUGGCUUCCUGCUAUCUUCAAGGCAAAUCCAGAACAAAUCAUUCAAAAAAAUGGACUUGAUGCUUAUUGCUUCUUGCGUUUCUUACGUCUCAUGGCCUUCAUCUUCGGUCCCAUGUUUUUCUUGAGUUGGGCUAUCCUCUUGCCUGUCUAUGCUGCUCAUUCAGGCGGCCUCAAAGAAGGUUUAGACCGGUUCACCUUUGGGAAUGUCGGCUUGAACAAAACUCCGCGGUUUGCUGCACCUCUCAUCUUGGCUUAUCUCUUCACCAUGUAUAUUCUAUACUUACUUCGAUCCGAGAUGGAAGGUUUUAUUGCAAAGCGUCAAGAUUUCUUCAUUUCCAAAGCUCACUCCAAACUAGCUCAGUCUCGUACAGUACUAGUCACUGGUGUUCCUCACGACCUACUCAAUGACGAAGCUCUACGAAAGUUCACCUCCUAUUUACCUGGUGGAGCUCGACACAUAUGGAUCGUCCGUGACUUGGGAAAACUACCUGAUCUUUACGAUCGUCGGGCUGAAGCUUUUGCCAAACUCGAAAGCGGUGAAACCAGUCUGUUCGCAUUAGCUCAGAAAGGUAAAGCAAAGCCAGCUGCAGCUGAACUCGAAAAGGCUGGCGCCGAGUGGGCGAAACAUGUCGAUGUGAAGAAACGACCCCAACAUAAGCUUGGCUUUCUCGGUCUGAUUGGCAAAAAAGUAGAUACCAUCGACUGGGCUACUGAAGAAAUCAUCGAGACUAAUAAGAAGCUUGAGAAACUCCGAAGUAACAUUGGAGAUUUUCCCACUCAUAAUUCGGCUUUCAUUGAAUUCAACACUCAGAUCGCCGCCCAUAUGUUUGCACAGUCUUUAUCUCAUCACAUGCCACUAAGGAUGACAGGAAGGUGGAUCGAAGUAGCUACAGAGGACGUCAUUUGGUCUACACUCAACAUCGAUCCACUUCAAGCUCAGUUACGCGGUCUUAUCUCAUGGGGUAUCACCAUUGGACUCAUCAUCCUAUGGUCUUUCCCGGUCGCAUUCGUCGGUUUGAUCUCAAAUGUCAAUAGUUUAUGUACUAAAGCUUCUUGGAUGGCUUGGCUCUGUAAACUACCAUCGCCGAUCCCAGGGAUUUUACAGGGUGCACUGCCACCUGUACUGUUGGCAGUCUUGUUUAUGCUGUUACCGAUUUUUUUGAGGAGACUCGCAAUCUUUCAAGGCAUUCCACUUCAUUCUCGAGUUGAACUCAGUCUUAUGAGCCGUUAUUUCCUCUUCCUCGUCAUUCACGGUUUUCUUAUCGUCACCCUCUCUUCUGGACUUGUUGCUGCCAUUCCGGCACUUGCUAACAACCCAGGAUCAGCUGUGACCAUCCUGGCACAAGAACUACCAAAGGCUUCGACCUUCUUCUUGACAUAUAUCGUGACAACCACCCUAUCCGGAGCAGCUGGAGCCUUAUUACAGAUCGUCGGCGUCAUCUUAUAUUACUUGAAGAUCCAUUUGCUUUCUUCGACCCCUAGAAGCGUUUAUGGAAUUCGAUCUUCGAUGAGCUCAGUUGCCUGGGGUACACUCUUUCCCAACAUCACGUUACUCACUGUCAUCGGAAUCAGUUAUGCCAUCGUAAGUCCGAUCGUGAAUGGAUUUAUCUUCAUGGGAUUCUCGCUCUUUUGGUUUGUGUACAAGUACCUUUUUAUCUAUGUCAUGGAUCUGCCUGCUGCGCACGAGACCGCCGGUCAAUUCUUCCCUUUGGCAAUCCAUCAGGUAUUCGUCGGAGUCUAUAUCGGUCAAAUCUUCUUAGCGGCGCUGUUCUUCUUCGUUCAAGAUUCGCAAGGAAACCAAGCCGCAAUUGUAGAAGGGGGUUUGAUGAUUGCCUUGAUCAUUCUGACAGCCAUCUUCCAUUUAAUCCUUCAACGAAACUAUCUUCCGGUCGUUGAUUAUCUACCCAUCUCACUUGCCUCACGAACCACACCUCCUCAAGCUGAACAUCAAGCGCCAAUCACCCCUGUUAUAGGUGAAAAGAAAGACAAAUCACAAGAUGAACCAUUGAUAGAAGAAGUUGGAUUUCAAACUGAAUCAUCAUUGGCGAUCGCAUCAAAUCAUGAAUUUGAUCAUCCAGCAAGUUAUGAAUGUUUGAAACCGAUUUGGUUACCUAAAGAUCCAUUAGGAUUAUCGAUUGAAGCUAUUAAGCUUUUAGGAGAAUCCAAGAUUGAUGCCAGUGAUGAAGGAGCUAAGAUGGGCACUGAUGGAAAGGUAGUAGUCACGAAGAACCCGCCUGGUGAAAUUGAUGAUAUUGACAUACCUGAGAAUGAUAAAUGAAGGAUUUCUUCCUUCUUUUCUUCUCUGGCUUAUGAAUAUGAUUUCUUUUAAAGUAGGAUAUGUAGAUGUUCAUUUACAAUAUCUUAGAUUCUAUUCAUGAUCUUUAUCAUCAACAAUUCAUUUUUCUCUUUAUUAGCUUUUUCUAUCCUGUUUUGAAAACCAGAUUGAUGACUAAGAAACAAGAAGAAGAGAGUCGAAUGGUCUCUUUUCUUUGGUUCGAACGAUUGAUUUUGUUUAAUAAUUCAUUUGAUGGAUUUAAUCUGUUUUGAUAAUUUAUUCUAUCAUUGAUCUGUUUUAUGGAUUUUUUGGGUGUUUUUUUUGAUUUUUUCAAGUGGUCAACAACUAUAUGGUUUUACUUGACUUCAUUUGAUUCACGC